GGCCUUUCAUUCGUGAAUAGUAACUAACGCGUACGGACGUGGUUUAUGCGACGUUCCGACGUCUUACGGUGCUUCGCGUUGUGCUUUUCAGGUUGACACGAGAGAAGUUAACAGCGCUAUUAAUUAACAUUUUUCGCGCUCGUUUCGUUGGGAUUCAGCAGGCGGUUCGCAAGCCGGUAGUGUUUUGUGUUGAUUUUGUGUUGAUGAGGAGUGUGUUAUCCUGGAUCUUGCAGAUUGUUAUCGGAGAGUGAAUUCUUUAAGAUAUUGUCCAUGAAAUUGUUGUUUGCUGAGGUUUAAAAUAUUUUGUGAGAUAUUGGCCAUGAAAUUGGAAUUGCAGUAAAAUUGUGGAACAGAUCGGUGGUGACUGAUAAAAUUCUCGUUGAAAAUUGAGCAGCUCUCGUUGCAAAAGUGCUGCAAUAUUUUGCUUCAGUGCAGCUCGUUGAGAAAACAUUGGAGGAGCUGCAGUGCGCUAGAUAAGCGGGCUUUCUGUAUGUGUGAGAAAUAUGAUGUACGGCCGGUUUAAAUUGCAAAUCGCCCCAAGGGGCUUGUGAAGUAACGAAGAGAAUGAAAAAUUAUCGUGUUAAUUGUUUAAUAAAUUAUCGGCAUUUGUUUUGUUUGGCCGGAGCGAGCGUUUGAGGCACCAUCAGUUAAGUUAAUUUCCAGUGCAGUAUCGCUUGAUAACGAACAACAACAGGAAUACCUUUUACUGGAAAGUAAAUUGGUGUCAGUUAUUUGAAAAGAAUUCCCAGAACAACGAGAAGUGUCAAGUAGAAGGAAAUUAUCUGGCAUUGAAGCUCUCUCUGAACACUACAUUUGAUUAAAUUUUCUUUACAAGGAAAUUUUGAUUAUGCCACGUUCAACAUUCCAACGUUCCUACAGUCGAGUCUGGUAUGGGGAUAGUGCUCCGGAUAAUCCGUUCUAUGGUGCAGGUUUCGGAAUUGGCAGUGGACAUUUAUUUCAUCAUAAUCAACUCCACGGUACCGGAAGACAGCCUUCUUCCUUUAGACCCAAUCUACCUGGCAGUUUUUCCGAGCUGGAUGAGGAAGAAGAGCUGAGUUCGCAACGAACACCGGAAAAACAAAUUAACAGUACUCUGAAUGGCAGCACUGGAAGUGGAAGAAGUCAAAUCGUGUGGAAUUUGGCGACUCGUCAGGGCAGCCCCGCUAGUCAUAAAAGUCAGGAUUCGGGAUUUUCUGACGCUGAACAUUCGCCUAAUAUGCAAUCAAUCAAUAGCAGUAAUUGUAAUGAGAACAAAUCAUCUCCGGAUAAGUUAACGCCAAAGCGAACAAUCAACGAACAAUUAUUUCAAAGGUCACCAUCAAUUUGCAGCGAAGCUCCAACCCCACCGACGGUCAUCCGAAGACCACCAACAGUUGCGGCAGAAUCACGCGAUGAAUUUAUUGCACGCCGAAUAUCGUACAGUGAACCUAACUCACCCACUCUUCAAUCGUCAUCAGCGCCUGAUGUAUCACUAACCAGGAAGCUUGAUUUUAGAGAUGCGUUGCCGCUCGAAACUAGUCAGCUGAGCCAACGGCUCGGUAUUGCCGAGGAUGAAAGUUUCUCUUCUGGCCCAUCAUCCUUAACUUAUUCUUACCAGUCGCGCAACAGUGCAAGCUCCUUGCGACGAGGUCGAGUCCUUACCAAAUGUAGUCGAGUGAAACGCAACCUUUCCCAGCAGCUGCAUGAUUCCGACGAGGAAAUGAUCUCGCUGGACAGCAGUGAGCUAACGAAUCUACUCAACCAAACUCUGGCUCAAGACGUCAGUUUGUCGGAGUUAAAGACUCCCGAAAGCCUUCAAAAAUCUCCCAUCGCCUAUAAUAACGAAACAGUAGUUUUCGGGUAUGUUUCUCCCGAUUCUAGCACACCAAACCACGAUGAAACUCGCGGAAAAGAAUUACCAACCUACGCUGAUUUGUACCCGAACGGAACCUCUACUCCGAUUCGAUAUCCACCAAAAUUUUAUCGAUCUCUCCCGCCCACUCCAACGCGAACGCAACGGAACAGCGUCAAAAUCUGUCCAACCAAACUAGUCGAUAACUUUUAUGAAGAACCCGAUCAGAACCCACUGAACCGUCUCUCGAGCGGUAACGAGUUAACAUUCACCGAGUACGAAAAUCCCCUCCUCAACGGACACACUCCAGCCGUUCAGUCCUGGCUGGAUGGUUUGCGGUUUUCCUGCCAGAGUGAAGUGAUGUCUAUUCUGCAGACUAAAUCGAUCAGCGUGGAAGCUACUCGGAACCUGAAAAUGACAUCUGCAACGGCCGUUAAGCUUAUCAGACAUCUGCAGUCGAAAAUCACCGUGCUGCAGGGCGAAUUCGAGAAGGUGGAGAAGGUGUUUGCGUCAAUCAAACGCUACCAACAGCAGCAGGAGGAGGAUGACGAUGAUGAUGACGAGAAAGAAAUCUACCAGCGAGCAUCGCCGCUGGUUCAAAGUCUAGCGGCAGAUAUCUAUCAGUUCGUGCAGAAACAGAAGACGAUCGACUAUUUUGGGAAAGAACAGAACGAGAGGGCAGAUCAUAAAAAGUUUUUGGAGAAUAGUCAAUCACUAGGGGAUAUGACGACGGAUUUAAGAAUUGCGGCUGCCAAUGGCGAAGCAUUCGAUUACCGCUCUGUUGAAGAGGAAGUGCAGAUCAUCAAGCGUUACUUCCUGAUAACGGUACGUUUGAUUUUUAAGAAUCUGGUUAAGGUGAUUGUGGAUGCGAUCGAGGACUCCAAGUGUGAUCUUAUGUUACGUUCGAAUCUAAGCUACGUGGCCACGCUGUCCAACCUGGACUAUCAGGGUUUGGCUUCGUUGAACGAUGCGUUCAUCUCCAAUGGUACGGUCCGUGCGUUACUGAUCGUGUGCAUGGACUCGAAGUUCUCCUCGAUACGAGCACUGGCGUUGCGUGCUUUGGCCACGGUUUGCUCGACUACGGAAACCAUUCGCCAGCUGGAGAAAGCCGAUGGGAUUGAAAUAUUGCGUGACAUCUUGGUGGACCAACGGUCCAAUCUGCGCGGUGAUCCGGAGCUGCGGGAAGCGGUCUCGGUGUUGACACAGAUUACCGCACCCUGGCACGGGGAGGAGCAUCGCAUCGACGGACUGCGGCAGCACGUGCAUGCGAUCGUGGAAGCUGUGACGGAGAUCGUCGAAAGGACGACUUGCUGUCAGACACUGCUGCUGUGCUCCGCCUGUCUGAACAAUCUGACCAGGAUCGAGGUCACUGCAGUUUACUCGCUGAUGUCGCAUCAGACGGCCAUGAAGCUGAAGGCGGCCGCGGAGCGUCGUGGUCCUGGCGCAUCGGUAUUCCUUUUCGAGCAAAUCACCUCGAUGCUGUUCAAUAUGUCCUCGAACAAAAAGUCGCACCACCACCUGGCGGCCCGGCCCCUGGUGCUGCUGCUGACCGGUAUCUUCAACCAAAAAUUCUACGAACGCUUCGCCAGCCGGGUCGAGUCCGACGCCCAGCACAAAACGGUGAAGAAUAUUCUGCACACCCUGUCGCGUCUUUUAGCGACCGGAGCCAUCGGUUGCCACGACGAGCUGCUCGAGAGUACCAUCGUGCCCAUCUUCGCCCGGGUCGAACGCAGUCUCGACGACCGGAGCGUAUACUUUCGGGAUGUAACCCUCCUGAACCGGCGCAUGAAUGAAAGUCUUGGUCAAAGGACUACCGUUUCGACACCGCCCGAAGGACCGACAAUUGUGAGCAUCAAGCAGCCCGAUGAACCCACCCGGCGAGUUCAGAAUCCCUACGUAACGAGAUUAACGAUCGAACGGCAGCCAAACGGUGGCAUCGUUAUGCUGGACAAGAAUCGCCAGGAGAGUUACGUUUGAUUUGUGGCCUUCGGCCUUAUCGCUUAUUAUCGCUACCCCACCAAACGGUCGUAGAGAGGAUAAGCUUUUAAAGCGAUUGAGCGAUAGCAGCAGGAUAUGAUUUCAAACCAUCACGGAGGAGUAACUUAAUCAGAUUCGAAUUAAGGAUUAAGAAUGAUGCUGGGGACGGAUGGAGGGUGGUCAAACCGCUCGAUGAUUUGUUUCGCAACUCUCCCCCCAAUAAAUUAUUCAUGGCGUUAACAGUGACAGCGACUGAAAAGACCGACUGGAUCGAGGUCAUUAUUACUGCUGCGAACCAACAAACAAUCCAAUUUGAAAGGAUGAAGGAUAAAGGAGCGGAAUCGAAACACAAAUUGAAGCACUUUGUUGUGACAGUGCCAAAUUGUGUGAAUCGUGCCGUUGAUGAACGGUUUGAUGAAUCGAAUAUACAAUCAGUAUCAGUGUAUAUAUCAGUGAGGUGCCAUAGAAAUUUCACACCGAGAGUGCUAGUGAGCGUAGGGUUUAACUAUGUUUGGUUAGGAUCAACAAUAUCGUUUUUUAAUAUAUUGAUGUUACUGAAAAUAAUUCUUUACCGGAGGCAAAAAAUUAAUAUAUACCUGGGUCGAAAACGUAAUUUAUUGCACUAUACUAAGAAAUGUCUUGUACUGAAUAAGCGGCCGUAAAAUAAAACUUUCUUUAAUAAAA